AUGUCGGGACAAAACUUGAACCAGGCUCUUACAGUCUACACGCUAUUGAAAGCACCACCUCCAUUCGCACUUGGCGAGUCAAUCUUUAUACAUACCUGUCCCCCAGCCCUUGUCAUCUACAAGUUUAUGAUCACCAUCAAUGACGAGAUCAGCAUCAUCCGGAAGAGGCCUGUCACUGCACGGCCGGUAUCGCAAUUCAGAACAUCAUCGAAUCAGCUGGGCAGCACUGGAGUUGCGCUUCAGGGUCGUUGGAGCGACGAGCCCUGA